GAGAAUGGGAGUUGAGUCUGUCUUCUAACUGGACACCUGGCCUCCUCUCUUCUUCUCUCCUGGCUCUCACCACCAGCUUUCCCUCCAGCUUGCUCUCCGCCCAGAACGCCUUCCACCAUGUCCACCUCAGCAAGUUCCCAAUUGAACAAAGGCAUCAAGCAGUUGUAUAUGGCCUUGCCUCAGGGUGAGAAAGUCCAGGCCAUGUAUAUCUGGAUCGAUGGCACAGGAGAGGGACUGCGCUGCAAGACCCAAACCCUAGAUUCUGAGCCCAAGAGUAUAGAAGAGUUGCCUGAGUGGAAUUUUGAUGACUCCAGUACUUUCCAGUCUGAAGGCUCUAACAGUGACAUGUAUCUCCUCCCUGCUGCCAUGUUUCGGGAUCCUUUCCGCAAGGACCCCAACAAGCUGGUGUUCUGUGAAGUCUUUAAGUACAGCCGAAAGCCUGCAGAGACCAAUUUAAGGCACACCUGUAAACGGAUAAUGGACAUGGUGAGCAACCAACACCCCUGGUUUGGAAUGGAGCAGGAAUACACCCUCAUGGGGACAGAUGGCCACCCCUUUGGUUGGCCUUCCAAUGGUUUCCCUGGACCCCAAGGUCCCUAUUACUGCGGCGUGGGAGCAGAUAAAGCUUACGGCAGGGACAUUGUGGAGGCUCACUACCGGGCGUGCUUAUAUGCCGGCAUCAAGAUUGGGGGGACAAAUGCAGAAGUCAUGCCUGCCCAGUGGGAGUUCCAGAUAGGCCCCUGUGAAGGAAUUGACAUGGGAGAUCAUCUCUGGGUGGCCCGUUUCAUCCUGCACCGUGUGUGUGAAGACUUUGGCGUU